AUGGCUUCCAGCAGCUCCGGCGCCGGAAGGCCAACCAAUAUUUAUAAUGGUGUUCCCACCACUCGUACCUCGCCCAGAUGGGCUGACCCUUUCGGUGGCAAUUUACAAAUCUUACUUUUGAGAACCACUGAAGGCAAUCUUCUUCCAUCGAAUCCUUUUACGGUUUCCAAAUCGAUCCAAGGAGUGAUCGGUAAGGAAUUCAAAGAUGCUAAACCUCAACGCGACGAUAAAAAUCGCUACAUCUACAAGAUGAAAAACUCGUCCAAUUGCUUCUGGGCUAAGCCAAUUUCUUCUGUAAAAGCAGUUCCAACCCCGUCCAGUAAUCCACAGGAAUCGGAACUCAGCACCUCCUCGUCAGAUUCAGAAUCCGACCCAGAUAUUUCAAUGGAAAUUGAAACAACCCCCUCCAACAAGAGGAAGAAUACUAACAAAAGGUCAACCUCAGAUGAAUUCAAAUCAUCAGAAGAGGAAAUUUUUCGAGGAAAAGAAUUCAAUAAGAAGAAAUCCAAGAACCAAAAAUACAACUCAACCCAACCAUCCAACGAAUCCAAACCAUCCACUUCCCUCCAACCAUCCACUUCAUUCCAACCAACCACCGCAUCCAAAACUAAAACAUCCAACCAAUCCAACCAUUCAAACAAACCCACCCCACUUGGCAACAAACCAAUUGCCAACGUUUCCAAAAAUGAUCCUAGACUAAAGAACAAAUCCGGCAAAUCUACCCAUUCCUAA